AUGUCCGGCAGCGACUGGGACUCGGACUCGGACGUGUCCGACUCGCACGAGAUUGCCUCGGCGAUGAACAUGUGCUUCGUGGAGCACCUUGCGCAGCAGCACGCGCCGCGGGUAACGCAGCGGCGCCGCAGCCGAUCGCCGGCGGGGCCGGAGGCAAAUCGAAGCGUCCGGGAGGUCGUCGACGCUGAUGGGACGCCGCGCACGCAGCCCCGCCUUGACGUAGUCGCCAUGAUCGGCAACGCCCUCAAAAAGGGAGACGUGCGUGGACUGCCAGCGGAGAUGUCGGUGGAGCAGUUGUCGGCGCAAAUCGUUGAGGCGCUUCGCCGGUCCUCCGGCGGCGGCGAGGUGGCACGGGCGGUGACGCAGGCUCUUGCGGAUCCCCUCAAUACGGAUCUUCGCAACGCAGUUCUGAAAGGGGAGAUGAGUCCCGAGAAGCUGGUCACGCUAGACGAACUCAGCCUUCUCAACCCAAAGGAGCGCGCGAUUCGAGAGAAGGCGCGGCUGGACCGGCUGAAUCAGCACUCGGUGGAUUACCUGGAGAAGCUGAGUCUCACCGUCACACACAUGUACACCUGCCCGGUCUGCGGAUCGCAGGACUGCUUCGCCAACUUCCGCUCCACCGAUUUUGUGAAGUGGCAGGGCGAUGAUCAGACGCCUACGCUGCUGCGGUGCUGCAAGUGCGCGCAUUCUUUUCGGCAAUGA